ACAGUAAGUUUUGCAAUGCUUCACAUCUUAGAUAAUAAUCAUCCAAAAAAUGAUUUUUGUCAUGUCAAUAGUUGUAUAGGAGGAAAAUGUUCUUGCUUUAUUUUCUGUGCUAUCAGGACAGACAUCUCACAGUACCGAGUGUAUCAGGAUGGUGUUCUGGAAAAAAGUGUCUCCAGCCUGCUGAACUACAGCAAGUCACUCAGGGCGGUCUCGCAGAAGCCGUCUGCGCCGUGUGUGGAGUGGUCAGACAUGGUUUGUUUCUAUCUGGGCUGCAGCUUUGGCUUUGAGGGCAGCCUGAAGAAAGCUGGAGUUGUUGUCAGGAAUGUGGAGCAAGGCCGCAAUGUCAGCAUGUACAAGACUGCUGUUCCCUGUAUUCGAGCUGGUGUUUUCAGUUGCCCUCUCGUGGUGUCCAUGCGUCCAAUUCCACCUGCCAUGCUGGAGGCAGCAGUCCAGGUCACGAGCCUUGACCCCCAAGCACAUGGAGCCCCCGUGCACAUUGGCGAUGGAGCUUUCCUAGGCAUACAGGACCUGUCCCGACCAGAUUAUGGGGAUCAGGUUGAGCUGCAGCCCGGGGAUGUUCCAGUCUUCUGGGCCUGUGGAGUGACUGCCAUAGAGGCAAUCGUCAGCAGCAAGCCAUCAUUGGCGUUCAGUCACUCACCGGGCUGCAUGUUCUUGACUGAUGUUCAAGACCCCUCCCUCCUAUCCCACGGCCCUGACAGCAAGAAAUCGGAAGCCACAGCCCUCUGCUUCCAGAUAUCUGAAAACCCCUUGUUCUACAGUCUGGCGUCGCAAGGGGCUGUGACACAGAUCAGGCAACUGGAUGCAAUCAUCGGCGAAGACCCAGGUCAACGGGGCAUCAAAGCUUUGUUUAUUCAAGACGAACUUCUGCGCUCUUGUCUGGCACUCUCACACUCAUCCUCUGUUGCCAUAACGACAGGCUUCCCAACACACUACAUGCACAGUCCUCCUGAUGAGACUGAUGGCCCACCUGGAGCUAUUGCCAUGGCAACCAUGCUGCUUUCCCUCGGCAAGCAAGUUACAAUGGUGACGGACAGGAGAGCCUUGGAGAUGAAUCAGGCCAUCAUUGAUGAAGCUGUGAGGACAGGUGUACUGAAAUCAACCAUUCCACUGGUGGUCUUCGAAGACAUUGGUCCGAACUCUUCACUUCACUUUUUGUGUCACCAUGGAGAUCCCACUAAACCAAGGUACGACCACCUCGUAGCCAUAGAGCGCAGUGGGCGAGCUGAGGAUGGAAACUACUACAACAUGAGAGCAGUAAACAUCAAGCAUCUUGUGGAUCCAAUCGACGACCUGUUUAUUGCUGCAAAGAACAUUCCAGGAAUUACCACUAUAGGAAUCGGUGAUGGUGGAAAUGAGUUGGGGAUGGGAAAAGUGAAGGAGAAAGUCAAGAGUCUGAUGCCAAAGGGGGAUCUGAUAGCCUGUGACGUGCCUGCUGACUACGCUAUCACUGCAGGGGUUUCCAACUGGGGGGGGUACGCAGUGGCUUGUGGCCUCUACCUGCUCAACACCUGUCCCGUACAUAAGCGAUAUCUAAACAAAGGCCUGGGAAUGGAUCACCAAACCCCAGAAGAGCUGCAAGAUUGGAUUGCUAAUUUGCCGUCCGUGAAGAAGGAGGAGUCUAUCUUGUCAACUCUUGUGCGUUUCGGCAUUCGAAGUGGGAAAACGGCUCAUCUGGCCAUGGAGGUGGAUGGUUUGACCUUUCAUCCCACGCACUCUGACAUCAUCACCAGACUGCUCAAAGUCACUCACGGCUCAGCUGAUUAGACAACUCGUGCCUCCAUUGGAGUGGUGAAGCAGGAAGACGUCCUCUAAUUCGGAAGAGUCCAAAUCUUCAUCCAUCUUCUUUUAAUCAUUUCGAAUCAUGUGUUGUUGACUUAAAAAAUUAAAAUAUACAGUAGAGCUUAACUCACAUUUCUUUGUUUUCUUGAAUCAGUCUCAAAUUUGAAUCACUAAGUAAGGCCUAAUCAGGAAGUGUACAGACAUUUCUCCGGGUAUGGUACAGUCCUGUUGAGUGCAUAAUCUGAUGCAUGCAUGGAUUAAUAUUUUGGGGUUUUUGGUUUAUAACAAAUGAAGUAAUGUCAUCUCUCGUGAUACACUUAAUAACAGUAGGAAUCCAUUUUGUGAUGUUUUCCAUCCACAGACACAGCAUUUACUUUGAUAAAACAUUUUUAAAAAGUAACACCCAUAUGCUCGUAUCAAUCAAAACAAAGCAUUUUUAACUUUCUAAAGGCAGCGCUUUGGAUCUAUUGCUUUGAGUGGGAACCAGUAAAUUGUGCAUUUGCACUCAUGUUUUGGUCUCAGUCUAUACAGUUGUGUGAGAAAAGACGAAAGUCUGGCAUGUGUGCAGACCUUUUUGGGUGACAGGUGCUCAAACAAACAAAAAAA